AUGGUUGUCGUCUUCAAGUCUCGUCUUCUCCAAGUGCUUGGUGUAGACGAUGGUGAUGAUGCGGUGGAAUGGAAGAGUGGAGCGCUCAGACAGAUGGGCGGCCUUCGCCUCGUCGGUGCCCGGCCUGGUGGUGUCCGCCUCGUCGGUGUCGGACAUGAAGCCUUCCUCGUCGAGCCCGGGAUUGGUGAUGACAACAUUGGCGAGGUUGAUGAAUAUGAUCGGGAUGGCUCCGGGCCGCACGCCGGCAUGGUGGAGGUGGCGCCGGGCUAUGGCUCCGGGCCGCACGCCAGCAUGGUAAAGAUGGCGCCGGGCAUGCGGGUCGGCAGCUCCGACAUUGUCGUGGUGGUGCAGAUAGCGUCGGGCCGGAUGUCGUCGCCGAGGUGGUGUUGGUGGCUCGCCGUGCUCGGCGUGGGCGCCGCGUGUGGCAGCCCAUAUGAAGACUUCGUCGCACUCGCCGGCGGAGGUUCGUCGUCGUCGCGGACGCCGGCGCAUCAUCUGCGGCCUAGGAGUGCACCGAGACCGAGCGCAUGGUCUGUUGGCACGGGUGUGGUAUUCCAAGGCUCCGUCGGGCUCGCCGGCAGACACAAGAAGACCGGUGCAUCAUCUGCGGCCUACGAGUAUACCGAGGCGGCGCGCAUGGUCCGUCGCCGGGGUGCCGCGGCCUCCGUCGGCGCGUGUAGUCGCUGCCACCAGAUGGGCGCGUCUCCUCUGGGUUCCUCCCCCUCAAGCUGCGUACGCGCAUGA